AUGGAUGUCAAUGACAACAAACAUGGCGCUUCAUACCUUGAGGACUCCGCCGAUGCAGUGCGGCCAAGGACCGGGUCCGUCACGAAUAUUGCCCACACUGAGAAGCCCGUAUGGGAGCAGAGAGAGACAUAUGGCCCCCCAGGCAUACGGGGAAUUUUCACCUCCAAAUAUGUAUUCAUGGCUGCAGCGUUUGCGACUCUAGGCGGUACUCUGUUUGGUUAUGACCAAGGUGUUGUCUCUAUUACUCUGGUCAUGCCGCAAUUUCUCAACCGGUUUCCCGAAGUCAAUCCCGUCUCGACGCGCGCCAGCUUCAUGAAAGGUUUGAUGACAGCCAUGAUCGAACUGGGCGCUUUCCUCGGCGCCAUGAACCAGGGCUGGAUCGCCGACAAGAUUUCGCGCAAGUGGUCGAUCUUCCUUGCAUCUUGCAUCUUCCUGGUCGGAUCUGCUCUCCAGACUGGCGCGGUCAACUUCGCAAUGCUGACCGCCGCACGAUUUGUUGGAGGCAUCGGUGUUGGCAUGUUUGCCAUGGUCACCCCUUUGUACAUCUCAGAAAUCUCUCCGCCCGAGAUCCGUGGCACGCUUCUGGUGUUGCAAGAGCUUAGCAUAGUCACGGGAAUAGUCGUCGCCUUCUACAUCACAUAUGGAACUCGAUACAUGGCUUCUGACUGGAGCUGGCGUCUUCCGUUCCUGAUCCAAAUGCUACCGGCCAUUGUUCUAGGAGCUGGAGUUCCGUUCAUGCCUUAUAGUCCUCGCUGGCUAUGUCAAGAGGGCCGUGACGAUGAAUCGCUGAAAACGCUAGCAAUGCUCAGGCAGCUGUCGGAGGAGGAUCCUAGAGUCCAACAAGAAUGGUACGAAAUCCGUUCGGAGAUUACCUACAGACGCGAAAUCGAACGCGAGAAGUACCCCACUCUCCAAGAUGGCUCUGUAGCAUCCCGCUUGCGCCUACAAAUGAACAACUGGGCGGACUGCUGGAGACACAGAGGAUGGCGCAGGACACAAGUUGGCGUGGGACUUAUGUUCUUUCAACAGUUUGUCGGCAUCAACGCUCUCAUCUACUACUCUCCGACGCUUUUCGCCACCAUGGGUCUUGACUACGAGAUGCAGCUGACCAUGUCCGGUGUCCUCAACGUCUGUCAGGUAGUUGCGUGUUUGUGGAGUCUUUGGGGUAUGGAUAAGUUUGGACGUAGAAAGCUCCUCCUUGGCGGAGGGGUUUGUAUGUUCAUAUCCCACUUCAUCAUCGCAGUGUUGGUCGGGCUUUACAAUGGCAAGUGGCCAGAACAUACCGCCGCGGCCUGGACUUCCGUGGCCUUCCUCCUUUUUUUCAUGCUGACUUUUGGAGCCACAUGGGGUCCGAUUCCGUGGGCGAUGCCAGCUGAGAUCUUCCCAUCUACCAUCCGUGCCAAAGGCUGCGCGCAAGCCACCAUGUCAAAUUGGGGGAACAACUUUAUUAUCGGCCUCAUCACCCCGCCUAUGAUUGUAGGUAUCGGCUUUGGGACAUACGUGUUCUUCGCCACGUUCUGCUUGCUUGCUCUUAUCUGGGUCUGGUUCCUCGUUCCGGAGACAAUGGGCCGAACCCUAGAGCAAAUGGACUAUGUGUUCAAAGACAAUCAAUCUGCAGACGAACUGGCGCGUCGCGCGAGGAUCGAAGCCGAACUUGUCGCGCAUGUCGACGCGGUCACUUCUCGCGUUCACGGACAGAAGCCUUGA